GGACAUGGAGCAGUGAGCUCCCUGCAGUUUCUGGUGGUUCUCAUCUGUCAGAUUUUGACAUGAUCAAACGUUUGGUGGAAGAUGUGCGAGCCAGGUUGCGUUCCGGAGUCACUGUCAACUCACUCGGACACUGUGUCGAGGAGCUUGUCCUCAACAGCAUCGAUGCCAAAGCAACAUGUGUAGCUGUCAGGGUGGAUUUGGAAGCUUUUAAGAUCCAGGUGGUGGACAAUGGCUCUGGGAUGGGGAAGGAGGACCUAAAGGCUGUUGGGAAGCGCUACUUCACCAGCAAGUGCAGCUCCGUGAGAGACUUGGAGAACCUGACUUUCUAUGGCUUCAGAGGAGAGGCUUUGGCAAGUAUAGUCAACAUGGCCAGUGUAGUGGAAAUCUCAUCUAAGACCAGCAGGACAGCAAAAACAUUUAUGAAACUGUUUCACAAUGGGCAGGCGCUGGAAGUGUGUGAGGCUGAAUUGAACAGACCAAGUGGCGGAACCACAGUCACCGUGUGCAAUCUGUUCCAUCAGUUACCAGUGAGGAGAAAGUGCCUGGAUCCUGUGCUGGAAAUUGAGAGAGUGAGACAGAAGGUAGAGGCUGUUUCGCUAAUGCAUCCUUCUGUUUCUCUUUCUUUAAGAAACGAUGUUUCUUGUUCUAUGGUGCUUCAGCUCCCUAAGACAAGAGACGUAUACUCUCGGUUUUGUCAAAUUUAUGGACUGGGCAGAUCCCAGAAGCUGCGAGAAAUAAACCACAAGUCUGGGGGAUUUGAGAUAAGUGGUUUUAUCAGUACUGAGGGACAUUACAAUAAGAAUAUGCAGUUCUUGUAUGUGAAUAGGAGGCUUGUUUUAAAGACAAGACUACAUAAACUAAUUGAUUUUUUAUUAAGAAAAGAAAGCGUGAUUUGCAAGGCAAGGAGUGUCCCUGCAAGCCGACAGGCUAAUUCAAGUCCCGGUCGCCAUCGCUGUGGGCCAGAGCUGUAUGGGAUCUUUAUUCUCAAUGUAACCUGUGCUUACAGUGACUAUGAUGUGUGCCUGGAACCUGCAAAGACUCUGAUUGAGUUCCAGAACUGGGAUGUUCUUCUAACUUGCAUAGAGGAAGGAGUGAAAAUAUUCUUGAAACGAGAGCAUUUAUUUAUUGAACCCAGUAGUGAGGACAUCAGAGAAUUUAAUGAAAAUAAUGACUUUUGUUUGCAUAAUGCUCCAGUUCUGAAGCCUUCAAUUCUUGAUGAGAAGAGCAUCCAAGAAAGUUUUAAGAAAGCAUGUAAUGAAAUUGUGGAUUCUUAUGAAAUACGUAGCUUGCAAUCAAAAGAUGUCAAGAGGAAAUCCAUCACUAGGAAAAAAAGUUCAGGUCUUAUAGAAUCAAGUAAAAAUGUACAGGAAACUAAAAAUGCUCCAGUUCAGAACACUGCUGAAUCAUCUGAUCCAUGUAGAAACAAUAAAGCAGAGAUUCCAUUGCCAAGCAAAGAUGACACAGGUUCUGAUUUAAUUAAAUCAAAUACCUCAGAACAGGAGCCAAAACACACUAGCAGUUCCCAAAAAGUAUCUGAUAUUUGUCUGAAACCUUCAGAACAUCUUUGUUCCUCUUUCAGUGGAGGGGCCAGAUCAGAAAUAAGAGAAAUAGAUGGUUGUGGUGACCUAGGGGAUUGUGCAGAGAAUAAUAUAAAAGAUGUGGGCAGCCGGCAAGGUCAAGUAAUGCAGGAAAGCAAUAAGGUUCUUGUCCUAAAUAAGGAUGUUAUUCAGUCACUGCUUGAGAGAGAAGACCCCCCUGAAACAGCAGUGGGACCUGAAACUGUCUCUGGAAGUUCAUUAAUGAGACUGUGUAAUGCAAGAAGAAACAGGGGAACAGCUGAAGUGAUAGGUGAUUCCAGAAGAGGCGCUGUUAGUUCAAUACCCUUAAAGCUGUGCCUUACAGACCUCAUAAAAAGUGUUAUGCAGAAUGAGUCCCCACAGGGCUGUGAACAAACAGAAACAAAUCUUGCUGUAAACACACAGUGUAGGCCUGGCCCUGUCAGUGCCAAGGAUAUUUCUGACCACAAAGUGAAUGUUGUGAUUCAGUCUUCAAAUGCUAAGGGUAUUUCCAGUAAUAGUAAUAAAGAAUACACAGCUUCUUUUACCAGAGAAGUAUGCAAGACUGCUGGUCAUGAGAACAAACCUUUGUCACACGGGGUGAGGGAGGAGAUAGCUAUGGCUACUGCUACCAAUAAACAACCUUAUGAAACAUCAAACAGUACAGAAUUGCCGCUGGCAACUUCUUCAGGUAUUCCUCGCAAGAAAAUUGUUAUCAAAAACACUAGAAGACAGAUAGCUGUGCCCAGAUCACAGCCCUCUAUGAAGCUGAGCUUGUCCACACAGCUGGGAUCAUUAGAAAAGUUCAGGAGGUAUUAUGGGAGAGUUAAGUCUACGCUACGAACACCCACGUCAGAGCGAAAUGAAUGUGGUCUCCCAGUUCUUAAUUCAGAAACUAACUGUGACUUUUCAAAGAAUGGGAAUGGCAAUCAUGAUAACUUCGGCAGCUGUGAAACUCCACCUGCAGAAGAUACAGAUUAUAAUAUUAACCAAGGUUUUGGUUCCUUGGAAAAGACUUUAUUUUGCAGUGGAGAAAUGUCACAGGACAAACGAGCCCUUUGUCAGAGUCCUUUGACAUUGUCUGAUUACUCUCUGGUUAGUAACAAAACUACAAGUUGUCAAAGAUCUCCAGGAUCAUUAUCAUCCAAACUGUCCAGAAUGAAAACUGAUCACAAAGAAGUAGGACAACGUGGUGAACAGUGCCAAACAGACUCAAAUAGAAAAGAUAACCAUUCUUUUGAUUGUGAAUCCUCAAAUAAUGAUUUUUUGUAUAAUGUUUGUCAAACAUAUAAACCCUCAGUGGAAAAAAUGAGGGAGUGUAAGUCCAGCAUUUCUAAGGAGGCCGUGUGCUCGCAAUCAGAUGGUGUGAUAGCAGAGUCUGUGAAGAGUCCUGUCAGCUCAUCACCUCUCAGCAGUAUAGAAGGAGAGUACACAGUCUCUUCAGUUUUAUCAUUGCCUGCUAAAAAUGAUUGUACUAACAUCAUCUGUAAAGAAAAAAGUACGUUAGGUGAAUCCUCAGAACGAAAUAUGAAAGAUACUGAGGUUCCCCAUGUGACCUUACAAAGGAACUUGGAAUUCUCUGCUGACAACACAAGCACAGGCAAUCCCAGGAAUGAUUCAUGUUCUGUCUGGCUCCAAGAUUUUGAUGCUUUGUCGGGUAAGACAGUGUACAUCAAUACAGCAACUGGACUCAGCACCUACGGCACUCCUCCUAGUGAAGGAUUUCAAACUGCCUGCAUUCAAGAUAUAACAACAAUGGCUGUGAAUGUUGUUUCAGAGAAUGGUAAGACGGGUGGUGGUUGUAAAAAUGGGAUGAGGAAAACUGUUCUAGGUGCAUGAAAUAAUCUUGCUGGCAGCACCUGAGAGCUUUUACUGAAUUAGUCACUACCUUAUGGCAAACAGCUGCAUGGAAAACAAGAAAGUGUUGGGAACUAUGGAGACAGUGAAGCAUUAACAGUAAAGCUAUUAAAAGAUCAUUUUGAAUAAAAUGAUAAAAAUAAAUGUCAGCAUCAUGACAAUUACAGAUAGCUGCCUAGUUUUCACUGGGUAUCAUGACAUUCUCUGUGAUGACAGUUAUAUAUAACUGUUGUCACAUAUAAAAUGUACCAGAAAAGUACCGUGUUUUUUACCAUUUUGUCCUAAACAGUUAUGUUUCUAAGAAUGUGUUGUUAAAGAGAACCUUAUAUUAAAAUGAUCUUUUUUCAAACUGCAUACAGAAUUUAAAGCGACCCUUGAAAGAUGAAUACAAAAUCUAACUUCAUUGAGAAUGUGUAGUCUCCAUGGGUUUUAGAAGGCAGGCUGUUCUUUCACACUUUGUAGCAGAUGUUGUACAGCAUUGUUGCUGUUUUGAUGGUGGACCUUUUCCACUAGUGAAAGAACCCUGCAUUGUAUUAUUUUUUUCAGGGGCACAGUGUUUAUGACUCUUCACAGAUCUGUCUGUUGGGUUUUGACUUUCUGUAUAUUCCUGAUCUAGUUUGUCUGUCUAGUACUGUCUUUGGUAAUUUUCUCUUCAAGGGAUAUAUCUGUGUUCUUAUUGUUGUUCAUUCUGUCUAUAGGCAGAUUUUAUGAGUGAAGAUGCAGCCAUUCUUGGUGUAGAUUUUAUUUUCUACUACAUAAAUUGUUUUGAAAAA